GAAUCGUGAAACUUUUCACUGUAAGAGAUCGUCAAUUGCAUCACAAACAGGAGGUAAUUGCGUUUGUUUCAGACGCUGUUACAAAUGUUGCAUUGCACCCAAACCAAAAGGGAGUUGACCGUGCAGAGGGCCAUUUUGUCACUUCUGCUGUCAUGGCUGUCGCUGGAGAGACUUCAAAUGCUAUCGAAUUAAGCUCUGAAGGAGGAACAGACAGCAGUGCCGAACGCCAAAACCAAGAGCCCACAGACAGUAUGACCAGAGUGCUCCCAUGUGAAAUAAAUUCAGGGAAUUUGAUGGCUUCCUAUAUCCAGACGACAACAAAAAACACCUUUUCGAAAUGGUAUUGUGAUAAACCAGAUCAAAAGGAAGAAGAGGACGACCUUGAAAAGCCUCUGGAUUGCAACCAAGAAGGAGCCGGCCCCCCCAAUGACCAUAUUGUCACUUCUGCUGUAACAAGUAUUGCUAGAGAGACUCCUAAUUCUUCUGAAGUUGGAAAAAACAGCAGUGCUUCACGCCACAUUCAAGAGCCUGUAUCCGGUAUAACUAAAGUGCCACCGUAUGGAGACAAUGAGGAGAGAGAGGCUGGUCCCUUUAUCAUGAUGAAAACGGGAAACACCCUUAGGGAACGUAAUUGCAAUGGAAAAGAUCAAGAGGAAGAACUGAACAACGUCGAUAAGCCUCCAAUGUGGGGGAACACAUCUAAACGUAAUCUACGCAAACUGCAGUUGGCACACAAUUUUGCUUCUAGAGUUGAAUUAGGUUUAAGGAAGUGUGCCACACCUCUUAGCGACGGAGAUCUCUCAGAAGGGAAGAAUGGGGAUGUCACACUUGUUGUUUAG